AUGACUUCUUUGAAUGAAGAUGAGAUUUAUGCAAUAUUAUCCAGAGUGGGAGACGAGGAAGAAGCGGUUCCUCCAAAUGAUUUGGACAGUGAAGUUGAGGAUAUUUUGGAGACAGAUAGUGAGCAACCUACAGAUGCUUCAACCGAUUCUGACGAUGAACCUCUUCGAGUAUCAAAUAUUAGUCGCCGACGUCGAAUAAAUUCUUCCGACUCAUCGGAUAAUACCCGACCUACGGAAGAGAUUAGCUCAGGCGAACGACAACAGGCAGCUCAAAUAAUUUUUCCAUCAAAUAAUAAUUUAAAAGGUAAAAAUGGCCAUAAAUGGUCAGCACAACCUUCCGAAGCUCGUACGAGCAGAACACAGUCAAGAAACAUUGUUCACAUUAUUCAAGGGCCCAAGAAUGAAGCAAAAAAUGCUACAACUCCAUUGGAACAAUUCAAAUUGUUUUUUUCGGAUUCGAUGGUGAGUAUCAUUGUAUUGAACACAAACGUAGAAAUUUCUACUAAAAGAGAAAAAUACGCUGCAAAAACAGCAACCGUUAGUGACCAUUAUUCAAGAGUUUCUUACCUCUUAUUUCCUCGACAAAAGAAAAGAGUACUCUUAAAGGGCCGGCGCACGCAAUCCCUUCUUCCUCUUCUAUAA